AUGUCUAACAGUGACUUCAAAAAACUUGAGUUCUACAACAACAUCCUAAACAUGUGCAGAGAAGACCCAUCCUGCAAUGACUCCCAGCUGGUUUUCCACAACAACAGCUUGAUCUAUGACCUGGAUUUUAUGGGUGAUGGCUCCCCCUGGCUACGGAUUGUAUUCUCUGUGGUGUAUUUUGUUGUGGCUACUGCUGGAAUAUUGGGGAACCUGCUGGUGAUGUUCCUGUUGUAUUUCACUCACACCAUCACCACAGGCACCAUUAAUUUCUUUGUGUUCAACCUAGCUUUGGCUGACCUACUUUUCUCCAUGGCCUUGCCGUUUUGGGCAAUGGACAAUGCUCUGGACUACAGCUGGCCCUUUGGUUUGGCCACAUGUAAGGCUGUAUCAUUACUUACAGGACUUAAUGUCUAUGCUAGCUGCUUCUUCCUGACAGCAAUGAGUUUGACCAGGUACUGCUCUGUGGCAACAGCAUUGAGACCCACUGCCUCCAUAUGCAGCAGCUUUUGCAGUUCUCAGGUGGCUGCCGUGCUUAUCUGGGGUGGGGCACUUGUAGCUGCGGCACCCCGAGCCAUAUUUGCAGACAUCAGCCGUGUGGGCAUGGGCAAUGACACAGCAUGCCUGCUCCGUUUCCCAGCUGGUACAGCCUGGCUUGGGAUAAAUCAGCUCCUGAGAGUGUUUUUUGGGUUUCUGCUCCCCUAUACCAUUAUCAUUCUGUCCUAUUUGCUUCUGCUACGCUUCCUCUGUCGCCAUAAACUGAAAAGUGUCAACCCGCGGCGAAAGGCCCAUGUUUCUAAGUCUGUGGCCGUAGUAGUCCUUUCGUUCUGUACCUGCUGGUUCCCAUACAACAUCAUGACCUUCUGGGGGGCCCUGAUCCAGCUUGACAUUGCAGACAUCAGUUCAUCAUUCUACUUGGCUCAAACAUACUUCUUCCCUCUGGCUAACUGCUUGGCUUUCACCAGCAGCUGCCUCAACCCCGUCAUCUACUGCCUGGUUCGCAAAGAAUAUCGUGCGGUCCUCCGUAAUCUGGCCUUGAAAUUAGCUAUGGCUGCUAUGUCCAAGAGAUGUCUGCAUAAAAUUAACUCUGAUGACGGACAAGGACAAGCUGGGAAUUUGGCCAUUCCGCUCAACAACAUGGACAGCCAGACAGUCCAAUCAGACACAAAGAGAUUAGCACCGUUGUCCACAAUUCCAUCCCAUCCUUCAACCCCAUAA